GCAGCGACUGGUGUGUCUGCGGACGACAUGGAGAAUUUGGAAAAACAAGCUCGAGCAAUGGCUGAACAAGCGAAAAAGAAUCAAGUGAAGCCGAAACGUGAUGUUCUUUUUGUCAAGUAAUUAAUGGAUCGCGGCUUAUUGCUUUAGCAAGCGAAGCAACUGAUGAGGACAAUUUAGAAGCAAGAAUAGCGAAUCCUGAAGAGAUCUCAAUUGAUGAAGACGAUGAAGACGAAGAUGCAAAGAUUGAAGAAGUUCAACUUGAACAACAAAUGGUGCCUUCAAAGGUUUUUGGAAGCCUUAUAAAAGACGACUAGAUUUCGUUGAUGGAUAAUAAGUUGUACAGUCAUGAAACAUUCUUGCUUUGGUUGCGUCUUUGGAGCUUAACUUCAUCGUUGUUUGAAAAGUUUGUUUUUCGUCAUGUAUCACUUUUUGAAGGAGGAAACUUCAGCACAGUGAAGACAUUCAAAUGAGUCAGAAUGCUUUUGUAUGAUUUUGCAUUUACAUAAACCCUCGACAUUCGCUUCCGUAUUGGUGGAUAUCCAAUAACAGAUAAGGUACUUUUGGACCAAUCAAGGUAUAGUGCCAGUCUACCAAAUUUUUCUCGCGCCAAGCAAUAAAUAUGUUGUGACGCAGAAUAUGAAAUUAUAUUAUUCUGUAUUACCAUUCGAGUUACAAGGUGAUGAGACCAAUUCAUUUAAAAAUGAACAGCUUUAGAGUUUAUUACAAUGAAAGCACUUCAUUUGAAUCAAUUCUGUUUACAAAUUUUGCAAGAUUAAAUCAAGAAAAUGUGAUAACAAAAACGUACGUGUACAACAAAUGAAUUAUUGCAUACGAAAGCUAUAAGUAGAAACAAAAAGUUUUUAACAGAAGGAAAAAGACGUUAUUGUUUGGGAAACGUGAUAGAAUUGUCGUCAAUGAAAUGUGUAUUGAGCGGUAAAGAUUGGGUUUUUGUUUGUGUGCAUGAUUUAUCUAGAAAUGUUUCAAGCUGUGACUUUUGUUGCCCGCAUAACUGCUUCACGUUUCUUUCAAAAUACAUAUGUAAUAUUCUCUCGUGGCAGCUCUCUAUAAAAAGAGGCCAAAAGCUGUCUUCAAUCAUCAUUCAUCAUCCUGCUGUUGGAACCAGAAGAAAACAAGAAAAAGUUAAUAUGAAAAUAACCUAUCUUGUCAUUGCUCUUGGAUUGCUUUGCACUUUUGCUUACGCUCAAGCGAAACAUGAAGAUGGGGUUAUGAAAGAAUACGAUGAAGAAACCGCCCCAGUGGAAACUGUCAAGGAAGAAUUUGUAGAAAAUGAUGAUGAAAAUCCAGAAGAAGAAAGUGAUGAUGAAACUGACCCCGAACAUGACUUAGAACAAAGUGAUGAUCGUGAACUCACAGAGAACAAUAGUGAUGUGAAAGCUGAUCCAAGUGUAGAAAAACGCUCGACUCUCUUUCGUUGUCGUCGUAUUUGGCGUCCACGUCGUCGUAUUUGGCGUCGCCGUCAUCGUCGUUGGGGCAUCGCUGUGUAGAAAAACGCUCGCAUUUUUGGCGGCGUCGCCAUUAUUAUUAUAGACUUCGUCAUAUUAUUUGGCAUCGUCGUCGUAGUUUGACUCGCCGUCGUCAUGUUUGGGGCUAAUAUGGCAAAAACCCGUAAGGAUCCUGUGGAAUGUGUAGCAAUUAAUAAGAAACAUUCAUUUGCUUCUAGACGUACUUUAAAUUGGCAUUGUUGUAUGAUUUGUCUGUAGAAAAUAGAUGUUUGCAUUGAUUAUUGA